CUUUUGAAGGCUAUUAUGAAGGAAAUCGGUACUUUAGAUGAUGAAAUUAAAUUGCACAAUAAGGUAACAGCUUAUAAUUUAUCACGGCGUGGAGCUCUUUUGCGUAAAAUUGGCCAACUGUUGCGAUCACAAGAAGACCUCGAACUUGCUAUAAAAAUGGAACCACAAUUUUUGGAUGCAUUUUGGCAAAGACAUCUGUUAUAUUUAUUGCAAGGAGAGGACUAUAAAGCACUAGAUGAUCUGAAUUUUAUUAUAAAGAUAAAUAAAAAUCACGCUAGAGCGUAUCGAGCUAGAGCUGAAAUAUUCCGACGUCUUGGCGAUGCUACAAUGGCAGCUAUUAAUUAUACGCAGGCAAUUCGGCUAAAUCCUGAUGAUGCAGAAGCUUAUUUUAGAAGAGCUGAAAUGUAUGAAAAGAAAAAUGACAUCUUAUCUGCAUUAGAAGAUUAUGCGAUAACUAGCAAAUUGAUGCCCACGAAAACGGAAGCGAUAUUUAAGCAUGGAAUGUAUAUGUUUAAACAAGGAUCUUGGUUAAGUGCUAUCAACGAUUUUUCAAAAUUACUAGCAAUGACACCUUAUAAUGCCGAAGCAAGAAGUUAUCGUGGUCGAGCACAAGCACAAUUAGGCAAUUUUACAAGUGCUUUAAAGGAUUUAUCAAUUGCUAUUCACUUUAAUCCAGACGAUGCGACAAUUUUUUAUCAUAGAGGAUGCAUUUUAAGGCGAAGCCACCCUAAGAUGGCCUUACAAGAUCUUAGCACAUCUAUUCUUUUAGAUGAUUCCUAUGAUAAUGUAUUGGCGUAUGCCCAUCGGGGUAUUAUAUACGCAUCUAUGAAACGAUGGCCGGAAGCUGUGAGCGAUUUUGAAGCCGCUGUAAAACUAGACAAAACAAUCGUGCUGGCUCAUGUCAAUUUAGGAGUUAUAUACAUGCGGCAAAAACAUGAUUAUACCAAUGCAAUUCGACGAUUAACAUCGGCGAUACGUAUUGAUCCAACCUAUGUCAGAGCUUAUGUUUGCCGAGCAGAAGCUUACUGCUAUGAAAUUUAUACUAUAAUCAUCUAUCGUAGAUUUGCAUUCAAUCUCAACCAAGGUGUUGAUUUAUCAAUCACCCAACAAGCUGCUGUUUAUUCAUUCUUGGGUGAAUAUACCGAGUCAAUUCAAGCUUUAAAUCGUGCAAUUCGAGCUCAGCCUGUCGCACCAUUAUAUUUAUUACUUGGCAAAGUUAGCAUGAAAGCCAAACUUUUCAACGUCGCUAUUGAUCAUUUCAAGGAAGCUGUCAAACUUAUGGUAAUGCUGAUACAAUCUAUUGUGAUUAUAUGUCUAUUACCUGGAGCACUUAAGUACUUGAUUAAAGCCUAUAACUUUGCUGCCAAAGAUUUAACUAAAGCCAUUGCAAUAGAUCAUACAUGCGUUUUAGCUUAUUUUAAUCGUGCACUUUGCUACCAGAAGUUAAAAGAAUAUCAUAAAGCUUUGCAGGACUAUGGAGUUGUUCAAUUACUCGACAAUGAUGAAGAUCAAAAGGUUUUGCAAAAUCGCAGUUUACUUUAUUUUGAAAUUGGCGACUACGAAAACGCCUUGUUAGAUACACUAUUAUGCUUUAAGGAAAAUCCAAAAGAUGUCAAAAUCAUCCACACCAUCGGUCGUUGUUAUCAUCACCUUCAAUACUAUGAAGAUGCAAUUUAUGCAUUCAAUGCUGCGUUAGCUAUAGAUCCGUUCUUUCUCGAUGCUUACCUUGGUCGAGGAAAUGUAAUGAUGGAUUAUGUUACCUUGAAUCACAAUGCUAUCAGCAGGAGGGAUUAUGGGAAAGCUUUACGUUUGAGCCCUUUCUACUUACCUGCACGUCUUAACUUAGCUUAUAGUUUGCAGGUCGAUGGCCAUUUCAAGCUUGCUUGGAAUCAAUUUACGAUCGCUCUUAAUAUAGAUAAAGAGUGCAUAAGUGCCCUUGAAGGAAGAGCAGUAGUUAAUUUACAAAUGAGCAAUACAUUUGCAGCCUUGACUGAUAUUAAUCAAGCAAUUAAGAUUAAGCAGACAGCAGAACUUUAUACUAACCGUGGAGUAAUUCAUCUAUUUCGGAAUGAUGUUGUAAAUGCUAUGAGAGAUUAUCAAACUGCUAUAGCUUUGACUCCGACUUAUAGCCUAGCCUACUUUAACGCAGCCAAUUUAUAUUUUAUUCAACGCCGAUUCCAACAAGCUCUAAUGUACUAUGACAAAGCCUUAGAAUUUGAUGCAAAUGAUGAGUCAGCUCUUCAUAAUAGAGGUGUUGCUAAGAUUAUGAUGAAAGAUUACGAAGGUGCCUUGGAAGAUUUUAAUAAAACAAUUGAUAUUUACCCGUAUGGAGCUCAUGCUUACUUUAAUCGAGGAAACUUACUUGCAAUAAUGGGACGAUAUGGGGAAGCAGAGAAUGAUUAUGGCAUUGCCUUAAAGUUAAAGCCUCAAGAUGCCAUAGUUCUAAAAAGACGUGCCUAUGUUAAAGGCAAGCAAUCGAGAAAAGAAGAAGCUCUAGAGGAUUAUAAGUUGGCUGUGAAUAUUCAAAGUGAAUCUGUAAUAAAAGAUUUAUUGACCGAAGAAUUAACUUCCUCAGCGUAG